AUGCAUCGUCUUUUUGCUGAGCUGGAGCCAUCUUUAAUCGUCACAGAGCAAAACCUGGCAGACCGAGUUCGGUAUAUCUUGCGCUCAAAUAUAUUUGAUGUCGCCAAACUCGAACGGCUACGACGUGAGGCUGUUCCCUCGUCGGAUGAGAAUGCUACGGCUGAGGAUACGGCGCCACAAAUGGUAGAGCAACCCGCAAACGUGGAUGCCGCCGUGAAUACCCCAGUUGUGGUUGAUUCAAACGAUGAUGGAACAGUCGCCCAGGAACUGGAAUUAGAGCAUAUGAGGAGUAUAUUGGAAGAGGCGAUUGUGGAAACGCGCAGUACGCCUCUCGAAAAUCGACCGCGACUUCCCCGCAUAGCCCUAAGCAAGCGGAAUCGGGCUGUCGUGAGGGCUCUGAACCCAAUGCUGGUUACCUAUUUGGAAGCCAGCCGGGACCUUUGCGAGACGGACUCAAUUCUUUUUGGCGCCGCGCUGGCAGUCUGCCGUAUCAUAGGCGCCAAGGUUUCCACGGCUGGACGCGCUACUGGCCAUAGUAGCGCUAUCCCAGCAUGGAGAAGAAGAAUUCAGGAACGUAUCGCAAAGGCUAGAGCUCUCAUCGGCAGACUGAUAUGCUUCAGAUCAGGCAACAACAGGCCAAGAAUUGUGCGCACCGUCAGGAUGGCGUUUGCUGGGACAAAUGUCAGUUUGUCCCAGCCGGAUAUAACGCAAAAACUGACGGAGCGCAUAGAUGAUCUGAAGCAGAGAAUCGCUGCUUGGGGAAAGCGGAUUCGGCGAUAUACCGAGAGGUCGACACGGUUCAACCAGAAUCGUCUCUUCCAGAGUGAUCAGAAGAGGCUCUAUGAAUCAUUGGAGCGACCAAUGGUAAGUGGAACGGGUCCAGCACCGAAUCAGGCCGACACUGUAGCAUUCUGGCGCGGCCUGUGGUCAGAGCCCGUAAACCACAGCGAGGGCCCUUGGACGGAAGUUGUGGCGAGUCAGUGUGCGGGUAUUACGCCCAUGGACCCCGUCAUCAUAACGCCGGAUGACGUAGCUGAGGCGGUUCGUAGGGCCCCCGAACUGGAAAAGUCCGGGACUUGA